CACCUUCCACAUCCGGGUCACGCUCUCCUCAUGCUGUAGCAGCGAGCAUGGCGGCGAAAAACAAGCACCGAAGAAAGUCUAAAGCGACCAAUAAAGUGACAUUUCAGCCCGCAGAAAACGACAUGGAGGCUGAAAACAGCGGCGAGGAGGAGAAAGACGAUUCUGAAGCUGAUGACGGUGAAGACAGAAGGAAGAAAGACGAGGAAGAGUUAAAUCUUGAGGAGGUUUUAAAGCUGGGAGGAACACGGGCCGACUACGUCCUACUUGCUGGCCUGAAUGACUCCAACGAGCUCAUUGAUGGGGGAAAGAAAGGCGCGAUAGACGACCUGGAGGAAGGAGAGCUGGAGAAGUUCAUCACCAAACUGGGCAUCCGGGCGUAUGCGGGGCUGCAGAUCAUCACAGACGAGCCAGAGGGAGACACCUCAGACGCCGGUCAGAAGGAAAGUACAAAAGCCAAGAAAGCUUCAUCAGAGGAACAAGCGUCCACCGCUCCGCAGGAAGUCAACGACAAGCAGGAAGUGGAGGACAAACAGAAGCCGAAGAAGACAAUCACUGGGAAAAAGGCAAAACAGAAUGUGAAUGUGUUUGAGUUUCAGCAGAGGCAGGUUCUGCUCGUCAAACCCGGAGGGAAAUGGUUCGACCUGGAGUACACGGCAGAGGGCUCGUCGACGCCGCAGGAUCCCUCGCUGGUGUCCCAGUACAAGGCGCUUGCCCAGCAGCUGUUUGAAGCUGAGGUUUCGCUCUACAAGAGCAAGAAGAACCUGCAGAAAGGAGCCAACUCCAACUGGAUGAAGACGGUCGUCUCAUCCGGCGUGCUGGCGGACAGGAUGGCGGCCAUGACGGUGCUUAUCCAGGAUGCUCCGGUGCACACGCUGGAGCACGUUGAGAACCUGGUUUCCAUGGUGAAGAAGAAGGGCAGCCGGCGGAUGGGUCUGAUGGCGCUGGAUACGAUGCGGGAGCUGCUGCUGUCUGACCUGCUGCCAGAGAACAGGAAGCUGCGGCACUUUGCUCAGCACCCGUUUGACCAGUUGGAGGAGAAGGCCAGCGGCAACCGCGAUUCCCGCGACCGCCGCCUCGUCCUCUGGUACUUUGAGCACCACCUGAAGCACCACGUGGCUGAGUUUGUGGCGGCCCUGGACACUGUUGCUCACGAUACAGUGGCGGCCACCAAGGCGAAAGCACUGGCCACCGCACACGAGAUGCUGUGCAGCCGCCCAGAGCAGGAGCGGGCGCUACUCAUCCAGGUCGUCAACAAGCUGGGAGACCCCGAAUACAAGACGGCGGCCAAAGCGUCGUACCUGCUGGAGACGCUGCUGCACAAACACCCCAACAUGAAGGCGGUGGUGUGCUGCGAGGUGGAGCGCCUCAUGUUCCGGCCCAACAUCAGCGCCAAGGCGCAGUACUACGCCGUCUGCUUCCUCAGCCAGGUGAUGCUGAGCCACGACGAGGCCGAGCUCGCCGCCAAACUCAUCACGGUCUACUUCUCGUUCUUCCGCGCCUGCGUCAAGAAGAAAGACAUCGAGUCGAAGAUGCUGAGUGCGCUGCUGUCGGGUGUGAACCGGGCGUAUCCGUACGCAGGAACUGGAGACGAGAAGGUGAAGGAGCAGCUGGACACGCUGUUCAAAGUGGUUCAUCUGGUGAAGUUCAACACGGCCGUGCAGGCGCUCAUGCUGCUCUUUCAAGUGAUGGACUCCCAGCAGAGCAUCUCAGACCGAUACUACGUGGCUCUGUACAGGAAGUUGCUGGACCCCGGGCUGUCGUCGUCCUCCAGACAGAGCAUGUUCCUCAACCUGCUGUACAAGUCCCUGAAGGCCGACAUCGUGCUGCGGCGGGUCAAAGCCUUCGUGAAGCGGCUGCUGCAGGUCAGCGCCGAGCAGAACGCCAGCUUCGCCUGCGGGGCGCUCUUCCUGGUGUCGGAGGUCAUGAAGGCCAAACCGAGCCUCAAGCUCCUGCUUCAGGAGGACGGGGACGGAGAGGAGGAGGAGUUCAAAGACCUCGCGGAAGAGGAUGAUGAUGAUGGUGAGAUGGAGGAGAAGGAGAACAGGGAUGAUGAUGAUGAUGAUGAUGACGACGACGAUGAUGAAGAGGAGCACUUUGUGGAUGCCGACAAACUGGAGGAAGGAACGAGUAGUGCAGCCACAGAGGCAAAGCCCACUGCAUCAUGGGUGCAUCAUCAGAACCUGGAAGGAGGUAAAAGCAUGCAGAGCUACGACCCGCUGCACAGAAACCCGUUAUUCUGCGGCGCCGACCACACAACUUUAUGGGAGCUGCAGAGGCUCGCCGUGCACUUCCACCCCUCUGUGUCGCUGUUUGCCAAAACCAUCCUGCAGGGAGGAUCCAUCCUGUACUCAGGUGACCCGCUGCAGGACUUCACCCUUAUCAGAUUCUUGGAUCGAUUCGUCUUCAGGAACCCCAAACAGCUAAAAGGAAAACAAAACGUAGACGCUGCAGUGCUAGCACCCAAACAGAGAUUAAACCUCAACUCUUUACCAGUGAACUGUGAGGAGUUUCUGUCUAAAGAAGAGAGUCAGAUCUCUGUGGACGAAAUCUUUUUCCAUCGCUUCUUCAAGAAACGCCAGCAGGAGAAGCAGCGUCAGAAUCGUCGGCCACGAAAAGAUGACGAUAACGAGAGUGUGGAGGACGUGGACGAUGAUGAGUUUGAAGAAAUCCUCGAUUCCUGCGAGGGAGACUCGUACUUCACUGAGAUGGCGGACGAUGAUCUGGACUUUGCAGGAAAUGUGAAGAGUAAAAAGGGGAAGAAAGCUGCAGAGGACUCUGAUGACUCCGAUGUGGAUGAUUCGGACAUGGAUGACCUGGAUGAUGAGGAGUUGUCUCUGGGCAGUAUGGACGAGGAAGACUUCGGGGACGAGCUGGAGGAGGAAGGAGGGACGUUCAUGGAUCUUGAUGGAGGCGAUGGAGAUGAUGACGAUGAUGAAGUUCCAGAGCUGGAGGACGACAGUGCUGCAUUUGGUGAUUCAGACGAUGAAAUGGAAGUUCCAGACAUCACUCCGCGUACCAAGAAGGGAAAAAGGAAAUCCUCAGAAGAGCUCGACUUCUCUGGAUCUUUAGGUCUGAAACAGGGGAAGAAGAAGAAAGGAAAGAAAGACACAGCCAUGUUUGCUUCUGCUGAAGAGUUUGGCUCCCUCUUAGACGAAAAUGCUGGCUCCAAGUUUGACAACAUUGGACUGAAUGCAAUGGCUAACACAGAUAAAGCAGGCCUGAAGCAGUUGAAGUGGGAGGCUCAGCGUGAUGACUGGAUCCAAGGCCGUGAUGUCAAAACGCUGCGCAGGAAGAAGACCGUGUUCAACAAGAAGAGGAUGUUUAGUCGAGCCAGGACAGGUGGCAAAACGUCCGGUAAAAAGAAGAUGAAAAAGUAGCAGCUUCUAAUUCUUGGUGGAGUUUUAAUCUGAUGGACACCUUUAGUCCUGUUUGGAUGACCAGGCUUCUUGGUCUCUCUCUCGGAUGCUGUAG